CCAAGCACGGACGUCGGCACCUACCUUGAUCCGUGUAUUGCUUUGUGUGGUACCAUGAGGGAGAUCGAUGAGAGUCACAUCAGUACUGAAGCCUUGGAGGAGAGCGGUCGGCUGGGUUACGACUUCUACAGGCGAAUCAAUCGGCUCCCCCACUCGAAUCGUUGCUCCUAUGGUGGACCAGUCGGAGCUCGCGUUUCGGAGGCUGUGCAGGCGAUACGGGUCGAACCUGUGCUACACGCCCAUGUACAACAGCAAAUGCUUCGCCGUGAGCAGCGCGUACCGCAAGAGCAACUUCGAUCCGCACCCGGAGGAUCGCCCCUUGAUCGUGCAGUUCUGCGGUAACGACCCGGCGCUGCUGCUGGCAUCCGCCAAGUUCGUGGAGAAGGAGUGCGACGCGAUCGACCUGAACCUGGGAUGUCCUCAAGGGAUCGCUCGAAAAGGCAGGUAUGGUGCGUUCUUGCUGGAGGAGUGGGCACUGCUGAGGGAUAUCGUCGGCACUCUUGCCAAGAACCUGUCGAUCCCCGUGACGUGCAAGGUGCGGCUGCUAGACUCGGUGGAGGAUACCAUCACCAUGUGCAAGAUGCUCGUCGCCGCGGGUGCUAGGAUCAUCACGGUUCACGGGCGUACCAAGGAGCAGAAAUCGAAGGCCACGGCUGGCUGCAACUGGGACGCGAUUCGACGGAUAAAAGAGGCCCUGCCCGUGCCGGUGUUCUCGAACGGGGCCAUUUCCUCGCUUGAAGACGUGGAGCGGUGCCUCCGAGAAACGGGUUGCGACGGGGUGAUGUCAUCGGAGGCCGUGCUAGAGCGACCGGGCCUCUUCUCGGACAACGUUUCUACGGUUACAGGGCUCAAGAUGUCCCAGGCUCAGCUGGACGAUAUCGUCCUCGAGUAUAUCGACCUCGCGAAGCAGUCGCCGCCGCACUCCCGUGGCCGGACGAGCGUCCCCUGUCUCCGGGGGCACAUGUUCAAGUGCCUUUUCACCGCCGUAGCCGUAAGGACCGACCUGAGGGCGAGGCUCACCAAGGCUCGGACGCUGGAGGAUAUGGAGGAGCUAGCGCUGGCUGUUAGAGAGGCAAGGCUAGCGGACCCCGAAUCCUUCGACGAGGAAAAGACAUGGUACAGAAGGCACACCAUGCCACACACCUCAGACGAGUGGGGAACCCCGCAGGCGCUGUGGGCGGCGCAGGCGAAGGUGGUGGCGGAAAAGCGGCUGAGGGAUCCAGGGCCGGAGGAGGUCGGGCUUGGGGACUCAAUCUUCGGGGACGAAGAGGGGGCGGCGGAUUACUAAAAAGGGUGGUUGCCAAGUUUUUCGUGGUAGGUUGUUGUAUUGGUUUUCAUUUAUAGACUGAUUAGAAACGGCGUUCAUUUGAAGGACGAAAGGGUAUGGAAGACACGUAUGGGGAUCAAAGUGCAAGUGUCGGGGAAACGUACAAGCACGGGAACCAGCGCCCGUUGCAAGAUCUCGUGGAACAUGUAGAGGGCGGGUAGGAACCUGCCGCCUGUCCGAACCGGUGCAAUAGCUAGCCAAUCAUGUGUUCGGAGGAUGCAGUAUUAUCCAGGAGGGGGAGGAGGAGCCGGAGAGGAAUUUUCCCCAAGAAGUGGCUGUCAUGAUGAGGGUCCCAAUUGUGCAACCUUGUAUUAUUCUGAACCCCUCGGUGUUUUGCUUGGUGGUCGGCAAUGGUGUCACCCAGACAAUAACCGAGGAUAUCCCAACUUAAUUGCGGUUUAUCCCUACUUAGGAUGAUGACCGUGUGCGUAUUAUGCGAGUAAUUUGCAAACCUCGGGUUCCUCCAGGCGGGAAGGAGUCGAGAUGGUGUUGCAGACGACCAGUGACCGCCAGUGAUCGAGCGAUGGUCCGCUUUCGGAUGGGGUCGGGCAAGGAGAAUCGAUCGGGGUCGGUGGUGCAAAUGGCGACGUUGCGGCUCGCACG